AUGCCGCAACAGGACAGUACCAUGGACCUCGACUCCAUACUCUUGGAGCUGGGCUCCUUCGGCCGUUACCAGAUUUUUAACUACUGUUUCAUACUUCUACCUAUUAUUUUUAGUGCAGUUUAUAAUGGACAAUAUAUAUUCACAGCUGGCAGUUUGGAUUUUAGAUGUCGAGUGCCAGAAUGCGAGGGUUCCUACGGCGGUCAGCUGCAGCCAGGGAACUGGGGUGUGUGGGCGCUGCCCGAGAGUGGGGGUCGCUGCGAAAGGCUCCGGCCUCUCCCUCCACCAGCUUGUACCUCCGAGUCCUUUCAUCAGAGCGAGACAGUUGCAUGCACCUCCUGGGUGUAUGAGAGUAAUAACACAAUCGUUGGAGAGUUCGACUUGGGGUGCCAGGAGUGGAAGAGGACCCUCGUGGGCACCAUACACAGUGUGGGAUUGUUCGCAGCCCUACCACUUACAUCUUACAUAUCAGAUACAUUCGGACGACGCACGGCCGUGGUGCUGACGGCGGUGUGCGCGGGCUUGAUGGGCCUGAUACGCUCCUUCUCACCCAACUACAGCAUGUAUCUCGUGUUCGAGUUCCUGGACGCCACUCUUGGCUCGGGCGUCUACAGCUCAGGAUUUAUUCUCGCAUUAGAAAUGGUAGGUUUGAACAGACGGGUGCUCGGCGGGAACAUCAUCUCAUGCUCCUUCGCCUUGGGUCAAGUGGUACUCGCCCUGGUUGCAUGGGGCAUCCCUUACUGGCGCACUCUCACCAGAGUUCUCUACGCUCCGUCAUUACUAUUUAUUUUCUAUUUCUUCGUCUUAGAAGAGAGCGUGCGAUGGCUGUUAAGCAAAGGCAAAAAGAAAGAAGCUGCUAGAAUAAUAUUCAAAGCUGCUGACAUAAACAAUAAAAAACUAAGCUCUGAAGCGGUUAGACAACUAACACAAGAGAAACAGGAUCAGAAAGAUAGUGUAGAAACGCAUAAAAUAUCAGAAAAUGAAGAAAAACUGCCAUCACUUGCGAUGCAAGUUGUAAAAUCUAAAAUUUUAAUGUCUCGUUUAUGUGUCUGCUCGUUUUGGUGGAUCACAACGACUUUUAUAUACUACGGUUUGUCUAUAAAUUCUGUGUCACUCGCGGGGAACAGUUAUCUGAACUACAUUCUGACGUCUCUGGUGGAGAUUCCUGGAUAUUGCCUCAGUGUGCUGUGUCUCGACAGGUUCGGGAGGAAAGGGUCCAUUAUGACGGCAUUCUUCAUUUGUGGCACGUCACUCGUCGCCCUUCCGUUUAUCCCAUCUCACUUGGUGUGGCUACAGACGUCACUAACGAUGCUUGGUAAGCUUUGCAUCAGCAUGGCCUUCAGCAGCAUCUACAUCUACACCUCGGAGCUGUUCCCCACGACUGCGCGCCAUCGGUUGCUGGGCGUCUGCUCCAUGUUCGGGAGAAUCGGCUCCAUAGUGGCUCCUCAGACACCGUUACUGAUGAAGUACAUGGCGUCGCUGCCGUACCUGAUAUUCGGUGUGAUGGCGGGCGCGUCGGGGCUGCUGAUGCUGCUCACGCCGGAGACGCUGCGGGUGCGCCUGCCCGACACCGUGCACCAGGCGGAGACCAUCGCCAGCAAGACCGCCGCCGGCGGAGAAUAG